AUGCAAUUAAGCUUCACUGACUUUUUCCAAAAUGUUUUCAUAAAAAGUGAUAAAAUAUUGAUUAGUCACUGCUGUCCAUGCAUCUUUUAUAAUUCAGGCGUGCUGGUGACCGGUGCAGCCGGUUACCUUGCAAUUCAUUGUGUCCAGCAACUGCUGCGGCAGGGUUACAAGGUGCGAGGAACGGUACGGGAUUUGAUACGAUCUGAUAAGAUCGACCCAUUGCGGCAGCUGGAAAACACCGAUCGACUGGAGCUUUUUCGUGCAUCUCUUGAAGACGGAGUGGAUCUCUGGGAAGAAGCAGCAGAAAACUGCACAUACGUACUACACGUAGCAAGUCCGUGUACGGUAUUGCCGGAUGAGGCGAUGGUCGAUACAGCUGUGACGGGAACGAUGAAUGUGCUUCGUGGAGCUGCACGAAGGCAGUGCGUCCGGAAGGUUGUGCUGACCAGUUCAUGUGGCGCCAUUAAUGUUAAGUCAAAUUUUCAUUUGCGUCAGUAUGUACGAAAAGGCCAUGGUGAUCCUAAAAAAGUUUUCACAGAAGAAGAUUGGACAAACUUGAAUUGGAGGCAUCUGCAUCCU